AGGGUUGGGGAAAGUCCCGGAGGAAGAAAAUAACCCGGAACGACCUUUGCGGGCCUGGGUCGGCCCUCUUCCGGAGUUGAUGUCUCCUCCCACCAACCAUGCGAACUCCACCCCAUACCCCGCCCGCUCUGGGGGAUCAGGUGAUCUCAGGCCAGCACGGUCACGUGGGCUGGGGCGCGCCCGCCUGUCGUGGCCAUGGCUGCCGCAGGCCCUACUGUGGUGAGGCGAGUGGAAGAGCUCGGGGACAUGGCUCAGGCCCACAUUCAGCAACUUAGUGAAGCUGCCGGUGAAGACGAUCACUUUUUAAUUCGGGCCUCUGCAGCAUUAGAAAAAUUGAAACUUCUAUGUGGAGAAGAGAAAAAAUGUUCAAAUCCAUCAGAUCUUCUAGAGCUUUACACACAGGCUAUUUUGGACAUGACAUAUUUUGAGGAAAACAAGCUAGUAGAUGAAGAUUUUCCUGAAGACUCUUCUUCACACAAAGUAAAAGAGCUCAUCAAUUUUCUUUCAGAACCGGAAAUUUUAGUUAAGGAAAAUAAUAUGCAUCCAAAACACUGCAAUUUGCUCGGGGAUGAGCUACUGGAAUGUCUCUCUUGGAGACGAGGAGCCCUACUAUAUAUGUAUUGUCAUUCUCUGACGAAAAGAAGAGAGUGGCUCUUGAGAAAAUCUACUUUGCUUAAAAAGUACCUUGUUGAUGGAAUCAAUUACUUGCUACAGAUGCUAAAUUAUCGGUGUCCUAUCCAGUUAAAUGAAGGGGUUUCUUUCCAAGACCUAGACACGGCUAAAUUACUGAGUGCAGGAAUAUUUAGUGACAUUCAUUUGCUGGCUAUGAUGUACAGUGGUGAAAUGUGUUACUGGGGAUUGAAGCAUUGUGCUGAUCAACAAGCAGAAAAUCAUGAAAUGGAUACUGGUGUUUCUGGAGCAAGCUGCACUACACACAAAGAACCCUUGGAUUUCCGAGAAGUAGGAGAAAAAAUUUUGAAGAAGUAUGUGUCUGUGUGUGAAGGACCCCUGAAAGAACAAGAAUGGAAUACAACAAAUGCAAAACAAAUUUUAAACUUCUUUCAGCAUCACUGUAACUACCUCACAGAACUGAGCCUGCAAUUGGAUUGGUUAUUGUCCCCUAGCAAUGGCAUGCAAGAAAAAUAAUGAAAGUUAAAUUUGGAUCUCAGAGCCUCAGCUAUCAAGCUUUAUUGGAUUUCUGUUAUUUGACAUUUAGAUCCUCAGAUACUUACUUUUUGAAUGUACAUUCACACCAGUGAACAUUAAGUGUCCAUUAUUGGACAAUAAGCACUCUGUUAUGUGCUGAUAUAUAAUGUUAAAUAUAUAUAUUUAUUUAUAUACACACAACUUAUUUAUAUGUACCCUGUAACCUACCAUGAUCCUUAAAGACUUCAACAGUUUUAUGAAGAUGCUGACCUUGUCUUCUAUUUUGAAGACUAUAAAGUUAACAUUGGAUUAAUUUUUUAAAAAAUUUCAAAAUAUUAACUGGGUACAAAUGUUUUUGUUAUAUUGUUUGGGUCAGGGCUAUAAAUGUGCCCAUCACUGGAAUACUGUACAUUGUAUGCAUUAGGUACAAUGCCUACAAUGGGAGGGUUUUUGCCCCUCCCCU